ACUUGCCCGCGCAUCGCAGAUGAACGGGCGCGUGAUCGAUCAUGUGUCGAUAGUCUAUGAUUCUACCUCCAUGGUCUAUUGCAGCCGGCCCGCGGCAAGUCGAGUGUGUGCCGGCACAAAGUGGGUGAAUCUUCAGUGAUGGCGAUCGUGAAAGUUUUCCUUGCUGUCGUGGCAUUUUUACCGGUUGUUUUAGCUGACACUCCGGCUAACUGCACUUAUGAUGACAUCGUUGGGCGAUGGGUGUUUAAAGUGAGUGCUGGUGGGGGAGACAACACACUCAACUGCUCUGACCCAGGACCUGUUGACCACACGGUUAUUGUGGACCUGAAGUUCCCGGAUGUUGCUGUCGAUGCAACCUACGGUCACACAGGGUUUUGGACCCUGAUCUAUAACCAAGGCUUUGAGGUGGUUCUGAACAAGAAGAAAUACUUUGCCUUCUCCAAAUAUGUGAAAGAGGGUAAAAAGUACAAGAGCAUCUGCGAUGAGACCUUGCCUGGCUGGUCCCAUAAUGUGGUAGGCACUGACUGGGCUUGCUAUGUCGGCACAAAGAACCAGACCAAAAAUCGACCACCUCCAGAGAAACCUGUAGAUGCAUCCAAACAGCUGUACAAAAUCGACCGUGACCUCAUCAAUAAGAUCAACGCUGCCCAGAGUUCUUGGAAGGCAGGAGUUUAUCCAGAGUAUGAGAAAAUGACGGUAGAGGAGAUGGUUCGUCGAAGAGGAGGUCGGGCAUCAAUAAUGGCAAGCAAGCCUAGUCCAGCUCCUGUCACCGAGGCGGUGAGAAAUCUUGCAAAAACCCUACCGUUGUCCUUCGACUGGCGUAACGUCAACGGGCAAAACUUUGUGUCACCUGUGCGGAACCAGGGGGGCUGUGGGAGCUGCUAUGCCUUUGGGUCCAUGGCCAUGUACGAGGCGCGCCUCCGCAUCGCCACAAAUAACACCAAGCAGCUAGUCAUGUCACCACAGGACGUUGUGUCAUGCAGUGAAUAUUCUCAAGGAUGCGAAGGUGGCUUUCCAUAUCUGAUCGCUGGCAAGUACGCUGAAGAUUUUGGCCUGGUCGAAGAGUCAUGCACCCCGUAUGUAGGAGAGGACACCCCAUGCAAGAAGAACACAUGCAAGCGUUACUACGCAACUGAUUAUAAAUACGUGGGUGGCUUCUAUGGUGGAUGCAAUGAGGAGCUUAUGCGGAUCCAACUCGUGAAGGACGGACCUAUCGCUGUGUCCUUCGAGGUGUAUCCCGACUUUCAGGCCUACAAGGGAGGAAUCUACCAUCAUGUGGGUCUGACCGAUCGCCCGGGCUACAGGUUCAACCCAUUUGAGAUCACCAACCAUGUCGUCUUGGUUGUCGGUUACGGAGCAGACCCUAAGACCGGGGAGAAGUUCUGGGUCGUGAAAAACAGCUGGGGGAAAUAUUGGGGAGAGCAAGGAUACUUCCGGAUUCGCCGUGGAACUGAUGAGUGCGCAAUAGAGAGCAUUGCUGUAGAGACAUUCCCAAUUUAUCCCUAGACAUGCUAGAAAUAUUCACAACCUGGUACCUGGUUCAUAGAACCAAAGUUACUAAAAGCGUGACUGCUGAUGACGACUUGUGACAUCUGGACAAGGGGUUUCUCUGCGAAUUUUCAACAAAUGUAAAUGUGACCGGUUACACUGUGAAUGUGUCAUGAUGGCAAAUUUGUUCCAUAUCUAUGCUAGAAUGAAGUAUGAUUUGUCCCAGAGUUUUAAUGCUUACUUGGGGCCUACGGCUGUGCACAUUCACACAGUACAAUGCAUGCACCAAACACAACAGUCAAGCCUCAAAUGAUAAUUUCAAAGCUUUUUUGUAUCAAAAAACAAUCCUAGUUUAAUCAACCAGAAAAGUGCUUUGUUUUUAGACUAAUCACAGUCCACAAAAACUGUCGAGUGAUUGCUAGUAAAUUUUCUUUUGUUGCACAGUUGUGGAUAACGCUUUAUUCUAAAUAUACUUUUGUAAAAUAAAUUCUAGUGGUAUGGAAAUUUCCAAUAAUGGGCAUGUACAGUUUCUAGUAACACACAACUUGAUUUUAAUUGAAACAUGUACUGGGAAUGAUUACAAUGUUUGCAACUAAGUUUUGCUGCUAGGUGUUUGAAAAAAGUGUCCAUACAUUUAGCACAGUUUUGUAAGUUUUUUAUGUGUUGAUAUCAAUCAGAGAAACAAGACAAGUUAUCAUAUGUAUGAUAAGCUUUCAGUGAUUCUUUGCCAAAUAUUUUCAGUGAUACUUUGCCAAAUAUUUUCAGUGAUACUUUGCCAAAUAUUUUCAGUGAUACUUUGCCAAAUAUUUUCAGUUCUUUCUUUGUUGAGAUAGUGAAUGUUGCAUUAUUUUUGUAAUACAAGGUUGUUCAUUGUUGAGAAAUCACAUUCAGGAGUAACAUAAUGUGUCAGGAAUUUAAUUCUGAAUUAUCCUGAAACCGAAGCAAAAACAUUGCAGCUUGCAGUUUACCAAUUUUUAUGAAGUUUGUAGCUAAUAACAUUCUAUCAGAGCUUAUAUGUGUGCCAGUAGUUUUUUAUCAAAUUGAAAAUUUGUAAUAGGAUUGUUAGUGUGCUCAAAAGAAUUCUUUUAAUGUAAUUAUAGCUUUUUAUUAUUAUAUUUUUGCAAUUUACAUAUUAGUCAAAAGAUCUCAAAAACAUGUAAAAGAACUACUGAAAUAAUAUUUGCUAAUUAGCCUUCUCUUUCCAGAAAGUUGAAAAAAAAAAUCUGUGCAUUUUUGAUUUUGUGUGUUAGUCUACUGUUCAUGAUGUAGUGAGGGAUGUGCGGGGAAAAGGGCACCUUCAAACUAAAAAAAAAUUCUUUUUUCUUUUUUACAAAAGAGGUAUUAAUUCACAUUGGCUGGAAGAGAUAUGUCGAGAACCAUACACUGGCUGGAUAGGAUGUUCGAGAUAACAUCGUGGAAACAUACUGGAAAGCCAAGAAGAUGAUUCUCUGAAUAACCUCUCGUUGACUAUAAGUUCAUAUUGCUUCAAAGGGGUAGCUGUUCAUUGUGGUACAUCAUGCAGACUUUUCAUACCAGUGGCUUUUUCUGUGACUCAAAGACCAGGGGCAAAAGUUGCGGCUGUGGCUGGAAGUAACAUGUGUGCUUAUGGAAGCCUUAGCCGCAGCCACUGUCUACAGACAUGCACGUCAGUCUAAGCCGCGGCCAGUUGAUUCAGCCAAAGCUUCAAGCCAUAUGAGUGACUGUCCACAUGAAGUCUUGUUGCCUGCGUUGGCAGCCGCAUGUAAAAGUUGAUUUCAGAGGACUGGCCAGGAUUAGACAGGUUAAAAUGAAAGUUGAAAAAGUUAAGCCUGCUGGAUGUGAUGAAUAUGACGGAGAAGCAUAGCAGGCAAAUUUUGCAUUGAGUAUGUUAUCUAUAGUUUGCUCUUAUUGAUUCACCAACUUGUAGACCCAAGAAGAGGAAGGAAAUGUUAGUCCUUGUUUUUCUGUCUCAUGAUUUGUGGUUGAAUUAUGCACAGGACAAGAGGUAGUCAACUCAACUUUCCUCUGCAGCGAAAUUCUCUCUCCUUCCAAAUUUCCAGUUCAACCUACGGUAUGGGGUCCGUUUAUUAUGAGUAUUUACAAGAAGGAGCUUAUAUUUUAUUUUCUACAAUC